CUGAAAGUGGUCACUCAGCUGGCAUAAGUAGUGCACUAUGGCAUAUAAAUAACGCCGCAUCGGCGCAGUGAAGUUCUCAGUGACGGUUGUCGUGGCAGUGCGUGCAUAAAAUAUAGCAAAAUCGAGCUUACGGGUCAGAAAAGCUGAGCGUGAAUAUAUUUGUGAUAAAAACAAAGGAUACUAACAGAGGAAGUGAAUGAAACAAUAAAGAAAAAAUUGUAUAAAGAAUUAAAAAAUGUCCUUUAAGUCAAAUUUGUUGUGGUGUGCACUACUGCUCGGGGUUAUAUGGCUUACAAGUGUAAAAGGGGGAUCCUUCCAGUUAAAUUUGCAUAAAAAUCACAAACUUAGUGCCGAAAUUGAUGGAUCCAAUGAAGCGAUACACUCCAAUGAAGCGAUACACACUGAGCGCAUUAUGUGGGUGCAAGAGAUGAAGCACUUGCGGCAGCACAUCAAGGAUUGCGUGCAGCAAACGAGCGACUCUAUAUGGAACUGCUUUAAAACGAGUAGUGUACGCGUAUUCGAUGACAUGCUGUCCUCCAAUGUUAUAGCCCUGUGGCCCGGGGUACGUCUGGUACGCGCGCUCACAACGCCAUCGAAUCUAACAAACGAAACUGAGCCGAAGAGUAUCAGCGUGUAUUAUGAGCGCAAGGAUCUACAACAUCUCACCUGGUUCGAUCAACUCGCCAUGCGGCUGGCACAAACGCUCAGCACACAUUUCUUGCAAGUGAACUUGCGGGAGCUAACCGACGCUUACAUGCGCGCUUUAGAAAAGGACGCGAAUAAUAAGAAGUUGCUGGCCAAUGAAUUGGGCACCGCGCGCCAUCGCCGUCAACGCUACAACAUGAUGAUAACGAUGAUGUUCGGUGUCACCGCUUUGGGCGCUGUGCUUGUGCCCAUGGGCUUUCAGAUGCUCUCCAUUGUGAGUGGUAAAGCUUUGCUUUUGGCGAAAAUGGCGCUGCUAUUAGCUUCCAUAAAUGGCCUCAAAAAGCUUUCUCAUCCUUCCAAUUCAUUGCCACAGGUCGCCAAUAGCGGCAUACAUUACGGCCUCUACCAUGUGCCGGGUGAACAUUACGGCUAUUACGACCGCGGCGAUGCUCCACAUCAUCCAAGACAGGUGGCAAGCUUUGCUAUAGCCCAACCGGUUACCGAGGAACUGGGCUUAAGGAAAUAAUUAAAGAUUUGCAGUUUUUUAGAUUUGAUUUAGAUAAUAUUUUAAAGCUAAGUAAGUGAAUAUAUACCUUUGUAAAUGUAUUUUAAUGAAUUUAUUUGACAAAUUUUAUAGUAA